CUGAACCAAAAUGAUGGUGUAAUAGCGUAUGUGCGCAGUGGUAUUGUGGCCUCUGCUAAAGAACCGGAUUGUUCAGAAGGCAACUGUUUGGUUCUGAAUAUUGAAGAAAGCUGUGUUGUUAUUUGUUCUUAUAGACCAACAGGUUUUCCGAAUCCUGCGAAUUAUCUUAAUUCUCUAGCGCGUAUUUUGAAAAACACACCUCAAAAUACUAUAAUACUUACUGGUGAUAUAAAUAUAAAUAUAUUGCCGGGAAACGUAUCUGUGAGUGGUGCAAGUUACAUAAGUCUCAUGGUCUACUAUGGCUUAGUUCAGGGUAUUGAUAAACCCACACGCUUGGAAUCAUGUAUUGACCACUUUAUGGUUAAAACGAAAACCGCUGCCGUUGAUGUAGAGCCAUAUUGGCCAGAUUUAUGCGCAAAGGCUUUGGAAGGUGUGAACGUGCGUGACCUCAUCACGAACAUCGGAUCUGGAGUUGGAGCUGUGCCUGCGGUUGGUGGUGCACCUACUGCUGCUUCAGCUGUAGCCCCGGCAGCAGAACUCGCCAAGGAAGAAAAAAAGGAGGAAGAACCUGAGGAGUCCGAUGAUGAUAUGGGCUUCGGUCUCUUUGACUAA